AUGGACCUUCAAAAAGCUAGAAAUGACAACCUGGUUGACUUAUUUGAGAUUAGCUUUGAAGAAAAUAUUACUGUGGAUGGUAGAGAACUUCAGGGAAUUACAGUUGAUCUUACUUCGGCAAAUCAUUCUCGUCACUUCCUCAAAUUGCACGAGGGACCUGAUAAGUCACUCCGUGGUACAUAUCAGAUGAAUUCAUUGAUAACUAAGUGGAGAAAGAGAAAGUCUAUGAAGGAAUCUUUCGAUCGUCAAGGAAGUUAUCUUCUAACAGAAAAAGCGUUUACGAUUUCAAGUCAAAAAGAGUCUGUCAAUGAAGAAUUAGAGUUAGUCGAAGUUACUUCUAAGAAAUUAUCUGCGAAUACAAUUUCUCUCCUCAAGCUUGCCUUUAACGAUAUAAAAGAAGAAAUUGCUCCAUUUACUCGGAUAAGUGGCUCAUCUCAGCCAAUAGACCAUUAUAAGCUUUGUAAACUCGAACCCGCUGAAAGUUAUUUAAGACAUAGACUCUCAGGAACAAUGAUAAGAAAAUAUGCAAAAGAAUAUAUCGAUUUCCGAUCAAUUGCAUUACACCAGCAAGGAAAACAUGCUAUUAGUUUCUCUUUGUUUUCCGGCGUGGACUUUAAGGCAUCGAUUUACAAGUGGAUUCAGCAACAGAAGCCAGAAAGUCGCAGUACUAUCCUUGUUAAAAAACAUAUCGAUGAGGUUGUUAUACCAAAAAGACUUGAAAUUCCAGAAAGCGUCUCAACAAGCGAAGAUGGCGAGAAUUGUGGAGUAACUAUUCCACAACCAUCAACUAAUGGAAUAGAACUUGUCCUUGUCACACAUAAUGAGUCGACGUUCUAUUCAAACGAUGGGAAAGAAGCUAUGUGGCUAGUGGAGGUCGUGAGAUGUUCCACCCUAGAACUGAUAGAGGCCGUUUUUGCAUUCGAUCAAAGCACAAACCACAAGGCCUAUACUCAGAAUGCUUUGAUAGCAACAAAAAUAACUCUGGGCGACAAAGAAGUUGAAGAAGAUGAUCCUUACGGUGUGCAACAAGUACAAUCGAUGUACUACAAGAAAGACGAGUGGUUUGCGAAGAAGAAUGGACAGUGGAUGACCAAGAAGGUGAAGUACGUGAAGGGUACAUGUAAAUUUCUAGAGGAGCAUGCUUCUCGACCAGAUUUUAUGUCACAGAAAACUGCUCUUCAUGAGGCUGUUGAAGACUCGGGUCACAUUUUUGAACUAUACCCUAAGUUCCAUUGCAAAUAUAAAAACAUCCAUACUUUUCUCGAUCAUGCUGGGAAGUUACCUAAUAUCCGACGAUACUACAACAACUCUUGGCGCUACAUUGAGGCAUACAGCCAAGACAUGAAUGUAAAAGAAGCCCAUGAUGUUGUAAAGAACCUUACUUCAAGAAAAUAUACUUCUCAUCGCCGUGAUGAAGGAAAGGAAUAG